UAGAUGAUUAAAGCUUUAAAUGUUUUUAAAUACCCACCGGCAAAGGUAAGCGAACUCUUUGGAAUGAUCUGCAUUUAUGUGCAGUAAAAAUGCUCCUGAAUGUUGUGCGGGUCUGCGUCACAGUUACUGGAUGAAUUUUGAGUUUGUUGCUGCCCAUGGAGGUUAUUAAAUUCCAGGGUUCACCUUUUCGUCCAGCACUCUGAAUGCCUAAUGGUUGUGUUCCAUAAAGAUAGGAAAGAUUUGGUUUGUUUUUAUUAGUUACUAGCUUCAGCACAUUGUAUCUGUACUUGUGAUAGGGCUGGGCGAUAUGGCCUUAAACAAAUAUCGCAAUAAUUUGUUUAUAUCGCGAUACACAAUUUAUAUAUCAAUAUCGUGAUAUCUCUUCCAAAUCACUGUACAAAUGUUAAAUUUGUAAAAGUCAACAGGAAGUGGCUAAGCUUGCGGACAUUAGAAUUUCCGAGGGUCCCUGAAUGCACCUCAUCUGAAGAGAUCAGAGGACAUUUAUGCUUAAACAUGGUGUAAAUUACCUUUUUUCGAGUACAAUAUAAAUGUUGGGGUAUGCCUUCUGAUUAUUGAGCGGCAGUGGAUCAUAGAGGAAAAUCUGUGUUUGUUUCUACUGUUCUUCAACAAAGUCAGUGACUGGCUUCCUCAUGUGAACAAGCCUCUCAGCUCACAGUGGGCCUCAUUUACUAACAGUGUGUUAGCAAAUAUCUUUUUCUUAAACCGUGCAUACGGUUUAACACACAAAUCUGGGAUUCAUCAAUAUUUUAUUACCUAAAUUUGUAAACACUUUUAACAAAAUGCAUAGUAUAUUAAAAUUCCAUUUAUUUAAAUAAAAAUAGUAGAUUGACAGCAAUAAUUAAAUUGACUUAUGCAUUGACCAAAUUAAUGAAAUUGACACGCUUUCAUCCUCAUCUUUAUAACCACCUGCUGAAUUCAUAUUAAUGUUUGUAGAUAAACAGGGCGUCACUUCUUCUGCAACAAUAAAGUUAAAACACCGCGAUACGUCAUUAUCUGCAUUCAUUGCUUCAGUUAUUGCAGCCCAGUCUUAAUUUUUCUUAAACAUCGUCACUCUGGAGGACAGAAAAGUGUGUCUUUUGUGUCUUCCAUCUGCCGACGCCUUUAAUUUCUGCUUUUUUGAAAUUGUUCUGUUUUUUACCUUUUUGGGCUGUCUAUCCAACUUCAACUGUGCCGCACACCCAAUCUCUUCAUGACAAACCAAUGUCCUUAUAUGGAGAAAUGGAGACGUGGCAGUAUGGUAAUUGCAGAGAGCGGCUGUCAAUUUAGAAGGAUUCUGAUUCAAAACAUACGCAUGGUGGUGAGAACUAAAUCGGCUGGUGUGCAUGUGUCAUGUAUCCUGCGGCGACUUUCACGCAAGCACUUAUUUUCUGCAGAGAGUAAGAACAUUUCUGCGCUCAUGUUAGUGAAUGAGGCCCAGUGAGUGAGUAGGGGCUGAGAGGUGUGUGUGUGUGUGUGUGUGUGUGUGUGUGUGUGUGUGUGUGUGUGUGUGUGUGUGUGUGUGUGUGUGUGUGUGUGUGUGUGUGUGUGUGUGUGUGUGUGUGUGUGUGUGUGUGUGUGUGUGUGUGUGUGUGUGUGUGUGUGUGUGUGUGUGUGUGUGUGUGUGUGUGUGUGUGUGUGUGUGUGUGUGUUGGUAGACAUGGUAUUCAGGGACAAUUUACCCGUUUACACACCAGCAAUCCGCGGACCUUAGGGUAAUUUGAGGACUAUGCCAAGGUCCCCGAAUUUCAAACAAUUUAUUUGCAUUCGUGAGUGUCUGAGGAACAUCCUCUCUCAUUUUCGUUCAUAGUCCUUUUUUACCAUAAACCUGUUUUUCGGUGUAUCCCAGUGUAUAGCACAGCGCAACCUAUCUGUGGUGCUUAUACUGCACUCUCAUACACAUUUCUGACACACACGGUUCGAUUUUGCCGCCCUUUUCACUGAUUGGUUGGUUUGAAAAGUGGGUGGCGUCUACAGGCAGUUCGCUCCAAGGACCGCCCCGACUGACGGCAUUUAAUCUUUAAAGCCCAUUUGAAGCAGCUGGCGACCUAAUGGAAGCAGUAGAGGAUUUAAAACAUACAGUGAAUCAUGCAGAGGCGAAGGCGCAUUAAUCUCCAGAAAUCUGGAGGGAUGUCAUCAGAUGUCCAACAUGGUGAGGUACCAUCCACAUCAAAGCUUUCUACAAGAACUCAAAAGAGGUCAACACAUAAGGCCCAAAAAAAGAUGCCUGCAGGGACAUCAGCUGGUCGUCUUGAAUGCUUUAUUAAGAUGACGACCGAAAGAGGCCAGAUUGAGAUGACUGCAAGCAACCUGAACCAGUCAAGUCCAGUGCUUGAUCCAAUCACAAGGAUUGGACAGAUGACGACCGAAAGAGGCCAGAUUGAGAUGACUGCAAGCAACCUGAACCAGUCAAGUCCAGUGCUUGAUCCACUCACAAGGAUUGGACAGUGUCCGAAACAUCGCCUAGUGUGCGCAACAAUAGGCUCCUUGGACAAGUGCGUUCAGUGUGUGGGACCUGUAUCCUCCUUCAAGUGGCUUCAAUGCGAAGAGGAAAUUGCAUUGAGUGACACUGAGACCAAGGACAGUGAAGGCGAGUCAGAUGACAGUGACACAGCCGUCACAGCAUCAGAGGCUGGAAAUGCUGGUUGUGCAUUAGCUUCUACACUCACAAAACAGGUCCAGGAAACUGCAGAUUUUGGAACUGUGACGUCCACAGUAGAUGAGGCUUUUUGUCCGUCUGAAGGCAAAACUCAUCAAGAACACGAUUCCAGAAAAGUGAAAAAGAAGAUCUGGUCCAAGGCUGAGGUGGCUGCAGUAAUGCGGCACUUCAAAAGUCACAUAAUCAAAGGAAGACUAGCCACAAAAUAUGAAUGCAGUCACUGCAAGAUGGUCGAAGGCUCCGUGCUAGCACAACGAACAGUGCAAAAUAUAAGGGACUUUGUCAGAAACCGGGGAAUAACUGCAAAGAGGCAGACAGAGCAGCAAAAGCUGUAAAUCCACUGACUUGUGUUCAUUUGUUUUUGUUUGCAUUGUGGUUUGGCUGAUGCCUUAACGUUUUAAAAGGCCAUUUGUUUCUAAAAAUGUGUUAUUGCAAAAUGGAUACAUGUAAUACUUCAUCAGAAAAGCUAAUGGAAGUUCAUAAUGGACGUGUGUUUUGUUUGUAGCGUGUGUGGCUGCUAAUAAAAAAAAACUCCAGUUCUGUUAUUCUUCAUUAUUUGGUUAAGCUCAGACUUGAGAUCACUUAUUUUUAAGUGAUCCCUGUAUAUAUAUUAUAUUGUGUUAUUAUUUCAACAUAUAUCUAAGGUUUAACCUAAUUUUAUGGUAAUAAAAUGAUGGUCCCCCUUAUGCUGUGUUCUGUCAGGUGUGUGUUUUAUGUUAAUGAGGAGCUAUUUAAAAGGUGACGUCAUUGUCCCUUUAAAGUCCCAACUUGGUUUGUUGUGUCCUCAAAUGCCACAAAAGAUUGAUGUCUGCAAAAACCACAACCCAGUCAGGGCCUUGUGUAUAGAGUUCUGUAGCUCAUUUCUACAUUCUAAAGUGAGCUGAAUUUUUUUCAGAUUUUUUAGAGUGUGUUGACCUUACUCCCAUUGCUCUAGGACCUCGGGAAAGGGUAGUCCCUGUUUACCACCACCGGGCCUGUUUGAGGAAAAAGUCUUUCGAUACCAUCUAUACCCGUGUGUGUGUGUGUGUGUGUGUGUGUGUGUGUGUGUGUGUGUGUGUGUGUGUGUGUGUGUGUGUGUGUGUGUGUGUGUGUGUGUGUGUGUGUGUGUGUGUGUGUGUGUGUGUGUGUGUGUGUGUGUGUGUGUGUGUGUGUGUGUGUGUGUGUGUGUGUGUGUGUGUGUGUGUGUGUGUGUGUGUGUGUGUCCAAAUCUCUUGGAGCAAACACGCACAAUUGUCCACUCUUGCUGGAUUGAAUGCCACUCAGGUUCACAUUCAUCAUUUCUAAAUUGAUUUGUUCGGUUCAGCAUUCACAAAGAAUAGGAACUGUCAAUAACAGUCUCUAAACUCUCGUAAGCUAGCAAGGACUCUUCACUUUUCUCUCUCUCUCUCUCUCCAUGCUCUCUGAGUCUCCUCCUGAUACAAAGAUAUGCAUGCACGCAGGAGAGUUUUCUGGAAUGGGGGGGAGAGACAGCUGUCUGCUGUGAGAGGGGCAUGAUAAGAGAGAAGCAAAACUGAGACUAUUUCACGUCUUAAAACAUUCAUGUGACAAUUUAUACUCGAUUGUCGUGAUAUAGUCAUUGUAUACAUCACACAUGGUACCAGCUGCGAUACAUCAAUUAUAAUCGAUAUAUCGCCUACGCCUAACUUGUGACUUUGACAAAGAUCUUGUCACAUUUUAGAACCAGUUGAUGAGGAAAAACAAGGUUAUUCCAAAGGUUCACUGAAUAGAAUGCUUAAUGUUACUAAUUGAUGUUUCUUUUCUUAGACUAAAGGUGAGAUGAGAAAGAAUCAUCGUUUG